AUGGAUAUAUCUAUCAUUACUGUAGUGCUUGAAACAGUUCUGAUGAUACUUAGUAACCAAUUAUCUAUCUAUCUAUCUAUCUAUCUAUCUAUCUAUCUAUCUAUCUAUCUAUCCAUCCAUCCAGAUCUACUCUGUGCUUUCAAAGCAAAACCUCCUUCAAGACGACAUGAAAGCUUAAAUAUCAAUUUAUCCCACACUUCUGGCUCUAAGCGACAGUUUGAAGCCAAGGCACUCUAUAAUUAUGAUGCCAAAGAACCAGGAUUUUGGCUUCCCCAUUCUCACUCCCAAUCUCUUGGCACCCAUCUAGUGUCUCUCUCUGCCUCUCUCUCUCGGCACCCAUCUAGUUGUCUCUCUCUCUCUCUCUCUCUGCCUCUCUCUCUCGGCACCCAUCUAGUGUCUCUCUCUCUCUCUCUCUGCCUCUCUCUCUCUGGCACCCAUCUAGUGUCUCUCUCUCUCUCUCUCUCUGCCUCUCUCUCUAAGCACCCAUCUAGUGUCUCUCUCUCUCUCUCUCUCUGCCUCUCUCUCUCCUGGCACCCAUCUAGUUGUCUCUCUCUCUCUCUCUCUCUCUCUCGGCACCCAUCUAGUGUCUCUCUCUCUCUCUCCUCUCUCUCUCGCACCCAUCUAGUGUCUCUCUCUCUCUCCUCUCUCUCUCCACCCAUCUAUGUCUCUCUCUCUCUCUCUCUCUCUCUCUCCUCUCUCUCUCUCUCUCAGCACCCAUCUCUCUCUCUCUCUCUCUCUCUCUGCCUCUCUCUCUCUCUCUCCCUCUCUCUCUCAAGCACCCAUCUAGUGUCUCUCUCUCUCUCUGCCUCUCUCUCUCGCACCCAUCUAGUGUCUCUCUCUCUCUCUCUGCCUCUCUCUCUCGGCACCCAUCUAGUGUCUCUCUCUCUCUCUCUGCCUCUCUCUCUCGGCACCCAUCUAGUGUCUCUCUCUCUCUCUCUGCCUCUCUCUCUCGGCACCCAUCUAGUGUCUCUCUCUCUCUCUCUGCCUCUCUCUCAGCACCCAUCUAGUGUCUCUCUCUCUCUCUCUGCCUCUCUCUCCCAUCUAGCCUCUCUCUCUCUCUCUCUCUCUCUCUCUCUCUGCCUCUCUCUCUCUCUCUCUCUCUCUCUCUCUCUCUCUCUCUCUCUCUCUCUCUCUCUCUCUCUCUCUCUCUGCCUCUCCUCUCUCCUCUCUCUCUCUCUGCCUCUCUCUCUCUCUCUCUCUCUCUUAUUUAAAUUUGGAAUAUUUAUCUUGGAUUUGUCUUUUAAGAAAGGAGAAAUUAUUACUGUUUGUAGGCAGAUUGAUCAAAAUUGGUAUUAUGGGGAACUCAAUGGACAAGAUGGCUAUUUUCCAUCAAGCUAUGUCCAAGUUGUCAGCAAUUUCUCUUCUUCAGUGCCACAGGUGAAAGCCUUAUAUGAUUUUGAUAUUAAAGAUGAAAAUGAGAAAGAUUGUUUAAAAUUUCAGAAGGAUGAAAUUCUUCAACUGAUUAGAAAAGUGGAUGACAACUGGUUGGAAGGAAGAAGGGGCGACAAAAUAGGCAUCUUCCCAUUAUCGUUUGUUGAGCUAAAUGAUGCAGCAAAAUCAUUGGUUGCUUCCAGGUCAAGGUCAUCAUCAUCAUCUUCAGUGGGUGUCUGUGAUGGAGGUCCCAGUGGAACAAGUAGUGGCAGAAGUUCUGCACCUGCCCCAGGGUCACGUUUACCCAGUUCAUCAUUCCAGCAGAUAUGGCACCAUCUUCCGCAACAGAGGGAGAGGGUUGCCCUUCAUCCACCCACGCCAAACACAGCAGCCAAUGCAGCUGCAUCCCUUCCACCUCCCCCUUUAAAUGCUCCAAUGGCAGCUAUGGCUUCUACAAGCGCCCAACAAAAACGACAUUCUUUCACUGCCACCUCGCAUACUCAUUCUGCCAAUUCAUCACCAACCAUACAGCAGAGACGAUCCUUAGAGUUAUCACCAACCUCUGGAGCUAUGCCACCUACAUCCCCACUCCAUGUUGCCCUACCCCCACCACCAGCACCUGCUUGCAGUGGAAAUGUUGGAUCUGCAUCUGCUAUGAAAUUGCUGGCACAUCUGGAAAGCAGUGGCCAGAUAUCUGAUGAUAACAAGCCAGGAAGUGCAGACACUAAUAAUCCAGAUAUAGCUUUUGGGAAAACUGCCAUUUACUCUGCACUCUACAACUACAAACCACAAAAGGAAGAUGAGGUUGAACUCCGCAAGGGAGACUACUAUACUGUUACAGAAAAAUGCCAAGAUGGGUGGUACAAAGGACACUGUUUAAAAACGGGUGUCAAUGGUGUGUUUCCAGGAAAUUAUGUACAGAUUUCAAGGCAAUCAAGUGCCUUUGGCUCAGUCAACCCAAAUAUGCCAAAUGUAAGAGCAAAAGAAAUUCCUGCUUCAUCAUCAAUAGCAUCAGCAGAUAUGAACAAUCAACCAGGUUCAGUAUUUUAUGGCAGCCCCCCACCCCCAUGCAGUGGUAAUAUGGACACACCACCACCUGCUCCCCCACCAGCUACAGUAUCCCAACCUCAUAUACGUACUGAUGGGUCAUCAGCAUCUCAUGGGACUAGCAGUAGCAGCACUAAUUUGCAUCGUCAGAGUGCAUCUGGUACAACAGCAAGGUCUCGUACUCUGCACCAUGCAUCAUCUGUAUCUUACACCACCUCAUCUAUACUGGCAGCUGCAUAUCAUAGUAACAAUAACAACAGCAGUGGUGGUAGCGGAAAUACUGGGGUUGGAAGUGGAUCAGCUCUAUCUCCGAAUGUGGCUGAGUUUGCUGCCCUGCAGCAUUCCAUGUCUGCUAGUACUAAUAUUACCCCUCCAAAUGUUGUUGCAGGUAUUUCAAGUACGGCAACAUCACAUUCUACUUCAAAGGAAAAAAAAGAGAAAAAAGAUAGAGAUAAACCAAGCCUGGUUAAAAGACUAACAAUGGGAAAAGGAAAGAAAUCAAAAUCGCCUUCAGAAGGAGAAGACUCGGUUGUGACUUUGUCUUCUGAUUCCAGUCACACAGGCCACACAAGAUAUCGUUGUAUAGCACCUUACCCACCGCAAGGAGAAAUGGAAUUGGAACUAAAAAUUGGUGACAUUGUCCUGGUCUACAAGAAAUGGGAGGAUGGCUGGUUCAAAGGAGCUCUCCAGCGUACUGGAAAAAAUGGACUUUUUCCUGGAAGUUUUGUUACUAAAUGUGAUUAA